UUAAGUACUUUAGGAAAAAUGUUGAGGGUCUUUUUCUCUGCAGACUUGAGGGUCUGUUGUGCUCUUGAUGUCUGAAACAUGAUGAAAUACCGAAGUUUUUUAUUUGAUUUUUAAGAAUUGAGUGUUUUGUAUCCCCUUUUUGCGUUGAGUAAUUUUGUAUAAUCUAUGUAACUGUUGUUUUCAUGUGCGGUCAAUUUUUGUUAUUUCUGAAUGUUACUGUGUUUUUCUUGAGGUGGUAGUGUUGGACUUUGAAGCUGAGAAUUUGUUUAAAGAAGUGGUUGAUGAUUGAUGAACUCCACCUAUGAAUUUGGCAUUAGGAUAUCCAAGGGACAAAGAUGGAGGAUGUUUUCAGAUGAGGAUAUCAUACAGUCCAGCAGCCCCUAUUUUUCUAUUUCUUGUUCAGUGGGCAGAUUUUCGCCUCGCUGGUGCUCUGGGUUUGCUGAGAAUUCUAAUUUAUGUGACGUAUGAGAAUGGGAAUAAUACUAUGUCAAUGUAUGAAAGGAAAGCAAGCAUUAGACAAUUUUACUCGGUUAUAUUUCCUGCUUUAUUGCAACUUGAGAAAGGCCUCACAGAUUUGGAGGAAAGGAAACAGAAAGAAGUCUAUGCUAUUAGAUACCAAAGGAAGAGUGAGUUCAAUGAGAGAAGACAAUCUGAAAUAGACAUUGAAAGAGAAGAGGAAUGUGGAGUUUGCUUGGAGGUUAAAGCAAAAGUUGUGUUGCCUGAUUGCUGCCACUAUAUGUGUUUGAAGUGCUACAGAGAUUGGUGUCACAGGUCUCAGUCUUGCCCCUUUUGCCGGGAUAGUCUGAAGAGAAUCAAUUCUGGGGACCUUUGGAUUUACACAGAUGAGAGUGAUAUUGUUGAUGUUGGGACAAUUUUCAAAGAGAAUUGCAAGAUGCUGUUUCUCUACAUUGAGAAGUUACCUCUAAUUGUUCCGGAUCCCAGACAUGUGUUCUAUGAUCCAUUUCUAAGAUGAGGGUUGCCUAGGUUUUUAGAGUAGUGGUUUUUUUCUCAUUUUGAUACGAAAUAUUUAUUAUUGAAAGCAGAAUUUGAUCUGACAUUGGUUAAGAUAUCCAAGUUGUUACUUAACCAAUAUUAAAAGAGAAGAGUGUGUUUCACUUGUACAUGCAUUUUAGGCCUUAAUUUAAUUGUAUAUAUUGAACUGGCUUUGUUACGAUCGGCUUCAAGUUGAUGAUUUAUUUCUAACCAAGUUCCAAUAUUAUGUUGUCCCCUAGCAUAGAGUGUUUUGGUUAUUUACUGAUUAUGUUAAAAAAAUUAAUGUUCCUAAGUAUUAUCCUU